CCCCGCCUCCGAUUCCGAUUCCGAUUCCGUUCUUUGCAGAUCACCGAGGCAAGGGGCAGGCUCGGGCUGGGGAGCCAGCCUGCGCGCGCACGCCGGCAGGCAGCCAGCCAAGGGGGACGCGGGGCACGUCGCACCGCCACGCCCGCCAGCGGCCGGACGUGCUUGGGGCGGCGACCAUGGCGGCGGCGGCGGCGGCCGGCCUGGGGGGUGGCGGCGGCGCCGGCGCCGGCCCCGGGCCCGAGGCCGGGGACUUCCUGGCCCGCUACCGGCUUGUAUCGAACAAGCUGAAGAAGCGGUUCCUGCGGAAGCCGAACGUGGCGGAGGCCGGCGAGCAGUUCGGACAGCUGGGCCGUGAGCUGCGCGCCCAGGAGUGUCUGCCGUACGCGGCCUGGUGCCAGCUGGCGGUGGCGCGCUGCCAGCAGGCGCUCUUCCACGGGCCCGGGGAGGCGCUGGCCCUCACCGAGGCCGCCCGCCUCUUCCUGCGGCAGGAGCGCGACGCGCGCCAGCGCCUGGUCUGCCCCGCCGCCUACGGGGAGCCGCUGCAGGCCGCCGCCAGCGCCCUGGGCGCCGCAGUGCGCCUGCACCUCGAGCUGGGCCAGCCGGCCGCCGCCGCCGCCCUGUGCCUCGAGCUGGCCGCCGCCCUGCGCGACCUGGGCCAGCCGGCCGCCGCCGCCGGUCACUUCCAGCGCGCCGCCCAGCUCCAGCUGCCCCAGCUGCCCCUGGCCGCGAUGCAGGCGCUCGGCGAGGCGGCCUCCUGCCAGCUGCUGGCGCGCGAUUACACCGGCGCCCUGGCGCUCUUCACGCGCAUGCAGCGCCUGGCGCGGGAGCACGGCAGCCACCCGGUGCAGCCGCUGCCGCCGCCGCCGCCCCCGCCGGCGGGGCCGCAGUCCGGGCCCGGGGCGACGCCCGCCCUACCGGCGGCGCUGCUUGCUCCGAACGCCGGCUCCGCGGCGCCCUCUCCCGCCGCCCUGGGCGCCUUCUCGGACCUGCUGGUCCGCUGCGAGGUGUCCCGCGUUCUGCUGCUGCUCCUCCUGCAACCACCGCCCGCCAAGCUGCUGCCGGAGCACGCCCAGACCCUGGAGAAGUACUCCUGGGAGGCUUUUGACAGCCACGGGCAGGAGAGCAGCGGCCAGCUUCCCGAGGAGCUCUUUCUGCUGCUCCAGUCUUUGGUCAUGGCUACCCACGAAAAGGACACGGAAGCCAUCAAGUCGCUGCAGGUGGAGAUGUGGCCGCUGUUGACUGCUGAGCAGAACCACCUCCUUCACCUCGUUCUGCAAGAAACCAUCUUCCCCUCAGGACAGGGGAUCUGACCCACCCCGUUCACCCGAUGGCUUUUUGCCCGGCCGGGGAGGGGAUUCCCAUCAAUCCCGUUAACCAGAUGACUUUCUGCCUGUUACCAAACCUCACGCAUCCACGUUUGCAUCUGGGGAGACGUAAAAAGACAUACCGUCCCGGCCUCUGCGUUUUAUGUUAUUCCUGUUGCCGCCACAGGAAUCACCCCGUUGACUGAACGCUGCCGGCAUCCCCAACGCCUGUUUCCGUAGCAGAGGGAGAGCAACGCAUUUUCAUGGAACCGGGUGGAGGACAUGGCUCUCUUCCAAAAAGCCACGACACGAAAAUGACAGUCCCUUUCGUCUCCUUCCUCCGCUUCUCCCACCCAACGCAGCCUCCUGCCUCCACCUUUGUUUCAUAGUGAGGAUUUCAUUUUGCGGCGGCUCCCUCCCUCUAAACACCCGCCCUAGGCAGGAUUUCAUCCUGCCCCUCGUUUCUUAACGUAUUUCUGUGUCUUUGUAAUGGCCAAAUUUCUCCUGCCACACGUCCUCACAGUACGUCUUCAUGGGAGUCAUUUUAUUCCUUCCAGCUUCCUUGUAACCACAGCCCUGAAUCCAUGAUAAAGCCGCUCUUGUACCCCUCAUGUGUGGUUUUGGUGUCCCUCGUCUGUAAAAUGUGACUCCGUUAUCCACUUGUCAGGAGGCCAGGAUUAGAACCAGAUAGUCCUCUUUGUAUUAUUUUGCAAUGUGGUUGCAACAUUUUAUUAAGCACUACGUGAACAUUCUAGUUGUUUCAUAUUGUUGCUAAUGUUUGCUGUUUCGUGGUUUUAAUUUGCAGUUACCUAAUGACUAAAGAUAUUGGGCGUACUCUCAAUUUUUCAAUAGAGUGAUGUUAAAAUCUCCAACGAUGAUUGUAAUUUUUCUAAUAUCUAAAUAACCACUUCAGCUUUCCUAUGCUUUCUGUUUGUCUGGGUUCUAUUUAUAUAUCCUUUUACUUUUAAUCUCUCUGUGUCUUUAUAUUUAAAAAUAUUUCUUAUAGACAGCAUGUAGUUGAGUCUUGCUUUUGUAUACAGUGUGAUAAUCUUCACCUUUUAAUUGAACUGCUUAUUGACAUUCAGUGUGGUUUUUGAUAUUGGUGAAUUUAGACUUAUGAUUUGUCAUUUGUUUUGUGUUUGUCCUUAUGCUGUUUUUCCUCUGUUCCCCCUUUCUUGCCUUCUUUUGUGUUAAUUGACCAUUUUUUGGAAUUCAGUAUUCUCUACUAACCUUUUAUCUACACUGAUUCAUUUUUGGUGGUUGCUCUAUUGAUUACAGUAUGAAAAAACUCACAGCUUUUCCAAGUCUACUAAUAGAUAAUAUUUUAUACCACUUCAUGUAAAAUGUAAGAACUUUGCUAAUGUACAGUUAUUUAUUUCCUCUAUUCUUUUAUCCUACAGUUGUCUUAUGUAUUAUGUCUACAUAUGUUAUUAAGCACACAAUAAAAAGGUUAUUUUUCUUGA